AUACUUACUUACUAAUCUCUCUAUCUGUCUGUUUUGAUCGGAAAAAAAAAAAAAUGGCGGUGAACGGUGAAAAUGGUGGGGGUGCGAUUAGGGUUAGCGGAAUGCAGUUUUCUUACGAUGUCCAGGAUCCUAUUUUCUUCGAUUUCAACAUCGAUCUCUCCGCCGGAUCUCGUUGUCUCUUAGUUGGUGCUAAUGGAUCUGGGAAAACUACAUUACUGAAGAUUCUGGCUGGAAAGCAUAUGGUUGGAGGAAAGAACGUUGUACAAGUGCUUGAUCGUUCGGCAUUUCAUGAUACAGAGCUUGUUUGUAGUGGUGAUUUGUCUUACCUUGGAGGAUCAUGGAGUAAAACUGCUGGUUCUGCUGGUGACAUUCCUCUUCAGGGAGAUUUCUCAGCAGAACAUAUGAUAUUUGGAGUUGAAGGGAUUGAUCCUGUGAGAAGAGACAAGUUGAUUGAUCUUCUUGAUAUCAAUCUUCAAUGGCGUAUGCAUAAGGUUUCUGAUGGGCAGAGACGUCGUGUGCAAAUAUGUAUGGGUCUUUUACAUCCUUUCAAGGUGUUAUUACUGGAUGAGGUUACUGUCGACCUCGACGUUGUUGCUAGGAUGGAUUUGUUGGAAUUCUUUAAAGAAGAAUGUGAACAAAGAGGAGCUACAAUUGUAUAUGCAACUCAUAUUUUCGACGGUCUAGAGACAUGGGCUAGUCAUCUGGCUUACAUUCAUGGAGGAGAGCUGAAACUCUCGGCCAAAUUGGAUGACAUCAAGGAUCUCAAAACCUCACCAAAUCUGCUCUCUGUUGUUGAAUCUUGGCUCCGGUCUGAAACCAAAGUCGAGAAGAAGACGAAGAAGAAACCUGUUGUUACGUCUCCAUUUAUGUCCUCUAGACAAAUGGCGUAUUACCGAUGAAUCUUAACUUCUAUAAGAGAUCAGUAAGAAUAAGAGCACUUCCACUUAAUGUCUUUGUUUUCUAUGGUAUUUCAUUUUUUAGAAUCCGAUCAUUUUUAUAACACAAAAUGAAAGAAACGAUGUAAAACACCGUUUUAAAUUAAAUUAUUAUUUUACGUUAAUUGAA